AAAGCAAUGGCCAUGUAUAUGUGGAUUCAGAAGUUGAAGCCGUUCAUUCUCGUGGUAUUCUUGCAACUUGGGCUGGCUGGGAUGGACAUCAUUUGCAAGGCUGCCUUGAACGAGGGCACGAGCAAUUAUGUGCUCGUCGUCUACCGACACGCUGUUGCCACAAUCGUCGUCACGCCUUUCGCCAUCAUCCUCAAUAGGACAACAAGGCCGAAGAUGACACUCCCCAUCUUCAUCAGAAUGAUGGUGCUUGGCUUAUUGGAGCCAGUCAUUGACCAGAAUUUAUACUAUUUAGGGAUGAAGCACACGACCGCGACAUUCGGAGCUGCCAUGGCCAACAUUCUUCCAGCCAUCACCUUCGUCAUGGCUUGCAUCAUGCGACUUGAGAAGGUGAAAAUGAGGAGCAUUCGGAGCCAAGCUAAGGUUUUUGGGACAUUUGCAACAGUCACUGGAGCCAUGAUCAUGACACUAGUCAAAGGCCCGGUUCUCCAACUAUUUCGGACACGAGGAGGAGGGACAACCAGCAACAACAUUCAAAAUGGGAGUGAUAGUAGUGGGAUCAGCCUCCAGAAUUCCAUCAAGGGUUCUCUCAUGAUCGCAAUUGGAAUGUUCUGUCAAGCUUGCUUCGUGAUUCUCCGAGCAACAACACUAAAAAAAUAUCCUACUGAGAUCUCUCUCACGGCUUGGAUAUGCUUCUUGGGGACUGUUGAGGGUGCCGUCGUGGCUCUAGUCAUGGAAAGAGCAAACACUACCGUUUGGUCCAUACAUUGGGAUGCCAAAUUACUUGCGGCUGUCUACAGUGGAAUAGUCUGCUCAGGAGUGGCCUACUACAUUCAAGGUGUGGUCAUGAAAGAUAGAGGACCAGUUUUCGUCACGGCCUUCAAUCCUCUAAGCAUGGUGAUUGUGGCUGUCUUAAGCACCUUCAUGUUGGCUGAGCAGCUUACCUUGGGAAGGAUUAUUGGUGCAAUCGUCAUUGUGGCUGGUUUGUACCUUGUUGUUUGGGGCAAAAGCAAGGACUACAAAUUGCCUUCACCAGUAGAUGAGCAAUCGGCACUGCCAACAGAGCUGGCUGACCCCGAGGGCAUAGACGAGCCAAUGGCAUUGCCAACAGAGUUGGCUGACCGUGGGGGCAACAGAAUGGACAACUUCAGUCAUGAGAUGAUAAUCGCUGAUGAAUAG